AGUAUGUCAUAUUUUACUUUUAUGCGCGUUUACAAUGGUUUCCGCCUUUAAAAUAAAUUUCCAAUUUUAAAUUUAACCGCCUGCGCAUAAUACCUUGCGCACAACGGAAGAAGUGCGUGCUAAAGGAAUUAGAGACCAUCACGGAAGAGACGCGACUAGACUUUAAGAUCGUGAUUUAUUCACAAAAGAUAAAAAUUCGUGUCGUUAUGUACAAAACAAGAUUAUCGCAAUUUGCGAAAACAAAUCGUUUCAGCUGCAACGUCAUACGCAGGCGUUUUUAUCGCAAGUUCGAAAACACCUUUUUAAAAAUAUUACUUGUACGAAGUAUGGUGUCGACGAAGGCGCGUUGAGAUCUAAUUCCUUUUAGAAGAAAGAAUACGUUAUAAGCUUCUGUUUUCUCAGCCAUCAAAUUUCUAUAAGGUGGCACUCGUGGGUAGCCUGCAAGAUGGUUGGGAAGUCGGUACAAAAAAAGAUGCCGGAUAAAAUUACUAUCGACGACUUUCCUAUUUUAAAGUCAAAACAUGUUUAUAUCAAGGAUACAAACGCUACAAUAAAUAUUAUUAAUAUUAUGCUACGGGGUGGAGCAGACCAUUUACAGAUUGUCACAGAUUUUGACUUAACACUAACCAAACAACAUGUUGAUGGCAAAUUGGUGCUCAGCAGCUUUGGUUUAUUUGGAAAAUGUAAUCAAUUACCAUCCGAGUAUACGAAUGAGUCUAGACGAUUAUAUCACAAAUACAGACCUAUAGAAAUUGAUCCAAAUUUAUCUCUAAAAGAAAAAAUAGAAGCCAUGAGCGAUUGGAUGAUUGCUGCUGAAAAAUUAUUAAAAGGAAUAGAAUUUGAUCCAAAAGAAUUGUCUGAAGUUGCAGAAAAAUACGGUACACCUUUACGCGAUGGUACCAAAGAAUUCUUGGAAAAAUUAAAUAAUGCUAACAUACCAGUUCUCGUAUUCAGUGCUGGUUUAGGGGAUGUUGUAGAAGCUAUUCUAAAAUGUCAUAAAGUUUUCUUUAAUAAUGUUAAAAUUAUAUCGAAUUUUCUUAAAUAUAAUGGUACAAAAAUAGAUGGAUUCAAAAACAAAAAACUGAUACAUGUUUUUAAUAAAAAUGAACAUGCUCUUGAACAAGAAUAUUUUAAAGUUAUUGAAGGAAGACGACAUGUAUUACUAAUGGGUGAUACAACUGGAGAUGCAAAUAUGGUAAAUGGUAUGGAUGAUACGGUAGCAGUUUUAAAAAUUGGAUUUUUGUAUGAUAAAGCAGAAGAAAAUCUGGCUAAUUAUAUGGAGGAGUUUGAUAUUGUAUUAGUGGAUGAUCAAACGAUGCACGUGGCAACAGAAAUAUUAAGAACUAUAUUAAAAUAAUUAUAUUAAGGUUUAGAAAUUAUUUAUAAUUUCUUUUUUCUUGCAAUGAACAAGAGUUGACAUAAAAACAGUGUACAAAAGUUUUUGUAUUAAGUGUGUUCCACGCAGGGUGUGAAGCCCAAAUUCACUUAUUAAAUACUUUGUUAUAUAUAUUUUAAUGUAUUUAUGUUUAAAUAGAAAUUUUAUAAACUUUAAAA